AUCUACAUGGCCGGUCAUUGCCAUAAUUAGUAAUUUUUGAGUUCCUUUUUUUCGGAUACAUGUUGACUGUAUUGGUUUUACUUCUUUCCAAGUUUCUCUUGUGCUGAACUGAACUGAAAGCAGAUGAUUCCAUUGAGGGUUCCUGUUCCUGGAACCUUAUUUUUGGAUUCAUUUCCUUCAAUGUAAUCUGGGUCUGUUUCAAGAUGACAACCCAUACGGUUCUUUGCUUCCUUCACCUUAAAUUUCAAUUCUUUUUCACAGUUUUAAUCAUGUAUCAAUGUGAAAGCAACCAAAGAAGAUAGUGAAAUGUGGACUGUACAGCUUAAUGUAUUUACUGACUUACGUUUGUGCAUCAGAGCCUAACUGUAUCGAUGUUCACUUUUAGUUCUCAGGUACUCUUAGUAAAACUUCUCAGGUACUUUUAGUUCUUGUUCACUUUACCUAUGUGUGAUUCAACAUUCUCCAUUAGAAAAGGAUUGAGCUUUAUGUGUGAUUGAACUCAUUGAAGUUGACUUUUUUUGUUCUUAUAUAUAUCAAACUGAAAGAUUGCAUUACUUAAAACAGAAAUUAAGCUAGAGUGAGUGGUAGCCUCAUUUAAAAACUUCAACUUGGGAGAAACAAAGUAAUGUGUUGCUUAGUUCGUUGACAAUUACACUUAAAUAUUGGGUACCAUGUUUAAGCAGAACAUGUUUAGCUGUCAAAUCAAUAGCUGUUAUGUUCUGUUAACAGAGGGUUGCUUCUGAGUGUGUCAUCCAAUACCCAGCGUCUAAUUAAUGGUGUUAUUUGUAUGACAUAAACUUGGAUGCCAAUGGGUGUUCAAAGCAAAUGUGCUAAUCUUUUUGAUUCUGCCACAUUUUUCGUGUUCAUCUUCAGCUUACUUCCGUCACGGUUUUGUGCUGAAGUUUAUGAUAUAAAUUCUUCACAGCCAUUACCACAGGGACAGAAUCUAGUUUCUCCUAGCCAAGUUUUCGAAUUGGGAUUUUUCAGUCCUAAUAAGUCUGCUAAUAAGUAUGUGGGGUUAUGGCACAAGAGUAUAUUUCCUCAUAAAGUUUUGUGGGUGGCUAACAGAGAAACUCCCCUUGCAGUUGAUGAUACCUUGGCUAGUUUGAGAAUUGGAAGCAAUGGGAAUCUGGAGCUCGUAGAUGGGAAGAAGAAUCCUGUUUGGUCAACGAAUAUCUCAGCGCCGUCUAAUAUUUCAUCUGCAGUUCUUUUAGACACUGGAAACUUUGUUCUCAGAGAUGAGGCUGGAGCCAAUUUAUGGGAGAGCUUUAAUUACCCUUGUGACACACUCCUACCAAGCCAGCUGCUAGGAUAUGAUAGUAAAUCAGGAAAGAGGCAGUUCUUGACUUCUUGGAAAAGUGCGAGUGAUCCAUCAACUGGGAUAUAUGUGGUUGGACUCACCCGUGAGACGCCAUCACAAGUGUUCAUUUGGAUCAAUGGAUCAACUCCCCGCUGGCGCAGUGGCCCAUGGGAUAGGUCAAAGUUCACUGGUGUACCAGUAAUGGAUGAUCGAUAUCAAACUGCAUUCAGCCUAAGUGAUAAUGUGAUAAAGGGAUCCAAGUAUUUCUCUUAUAGUUUUUUUGACUAUACUACAUCCUAUUUUAGCAUCUCUUCAGAAGGAAUAGCAGAUCUCAUGCUUUCAGAAAGUGGCAAGAACUGGUUUCUUAACUGGGAAACACCAUAUACUCCAUGUGACUAUUAUGGAGCAUGUGGACCUUUUGGGGUAUGUAAAGCUUCUGACUCUCAAAUCUGUAAGUGUUUGAAAGGGUAUGUACCAAAGUCGGAUGGUGAGUGGAGCAAAGGAAAUUGGACAAGAGGAUGUGGUAGGCAAAUCAAAUUGUUUUGUGAUAGGGAGACAGGGAAGUCCAUCUCAUCAAGUACAAAACAAAAUAAUGAUGGGUUUUGGAAGAUUGCAAGGUCGAAAGUACCAGAUUCGCAUGAAUUAAUUGUAACACCUUUAGAUGCUGAAAAUACUCCUGAUGAUUGCAAGAUACGGUGCCUGAAUAAUUGCUCUUGCCUCGCUUAUGCAUUUGUUAAUAAAAUAGGGUGCUUGGUUUGGUCCAAAGAUCUUAUUGAUAUACAACAGUUUUCCUCUGGUGGAGAAGAUCUUUUUGUUCGCCUAGCACACGCUGAACUAGAUGAAGGAAAACCAAUAAACUUAAUUGCCAGCCUUACAGCGAUUUGUUCUGUCAGUAUCUUGGUUGCCAUAGUAUUUGGUUGGCACAGGUUGCGGGCUAACAAAAAGGAAUCAGGACACAUCAAAACAUCAAGGCGGCAUUUUGGGUCGACUAAUACAUUUCAGUCUUCAAGAGACGCUCUUCGGGAAUAUAUUGGAAAGCAUGAUCUAUCAGAGCUUUUGAUCUAUGAUUUUGAUACCAUAUUAAUAGCUACGAAUAAUUUUAGCAUCACAAAUAAAUUAGGGCAGGGUGGCUUUGGUCCAGUUUAUAAGGGUGUCCUAGAAGAAGGCAAAGAUAUAGCAGUGAAAAGGCUAGCUAGUAGCUCAGGACAAGGCAUUGACGAGUUCAAGAAUGAAAUGUUGUUGAUCUCCAAUCUUCAACACAAAAAUCUUGUUAGGAUCAUGGGUUGUUGCAUUAAUGAUGAUGAGAAGUUACUGAUUUAUGAGUUCAUGCCUAACAAAAGCCUGGAUACUUUUCUAUUUGAUCCAACAAGAAGAGCAAUGCUUGACUGGGCCACCCGCUUUAAUAUCAUUCAGGGGGUUGCUAGAGGGCUACUUUAUCUGCAUCAUGAUUCGUAUUUAAAGGUAAUACAUAGAGAUCUGAAAGUAAGCAACAUUCUCUUGGAUGAAAAAAUGAAUCCAAAAAUUUCAGAUUUUGGAUUGGCACGCAUAGUAGAAGGAACGCAGAACCUAGAAAAUACUCUGAAGGUUGUGGGCACACGUGGCUACAUAUCUCCGGAGUAUGCGAUGGGUGGGAUUUUUUCUGAAAAAUCUGACAUCUACAGUUUUGGGGUCUUGAUAUUGGAGAUUAUUAGCGGCCAGAAGAAUACCAGCUUCUGCUUAGAUGACCAAGAGCUGGGGUUUCUAGCCUAUGCAUGGAAUUUGUGGAACGAAGGCAGGGGACUGAAGCUAAUAGAUGAAAUAUUGGGCGAUUCAUAUUCCUCAUCAGAAGUAAUGAGAUGUGUGCAUAUUGGGCUUCUCUGUGUACAGGACAGUGGUGCGGAUAGGCCAACUAUGGGGGAUAUAGUUGUGAUGCUAAGUAGUGACAAAGAUGGUCCACAACCUAAGCUUCCUGUAUUCACUUUCCAGAACUCACUGUCAUCUCCUCGACCUCAAUGUGAAAAUACUUUCUUGACAAACGAAGCUACCAUUACAGUAAUGGAAGGACGAUCAACACCUGUUCAUGAUUGUCAUUAUUUUGUUGAUCUUUCUAUCAAGAUGCCAAUAGGUGUUGAUACCAAUAGUGUUGGUGUUUUAAAUUCGUCCAUGUUAUUACUAUUCAUCUUCAUCUUGCUUCUGCCACAAUGCUGGGCUGAAGUAUAUAAUAUUACUUCUUCACAGCCAUUGGCACAGAGACAAACUCUAGUUUCUCCUAACCAGGUUUUCGAAUUAGGAUUCUUUAGUCCUAAUAGUUCUGCUAACAUGUAUGUGGGGUUGUGGCACAAAAGUAUAUUUCCUCGGAAAAUUGUAUGGGUGGCUAACAGAGAAAAGCCCCUUGCAGUUACAGACACCUUGGCCACUUUGAGAAUCGGCAGCAAUGGAAAUCUGGAGCUGGUAGAUGGGAAUCAGAGUUCUGUCUGGUCAACCAAUGUUUCAGUGUCAACUAAUGGUUCAGCUGCAGUUCUUUUUGACAAUGGAACCUUUGUUCUCAAGGAUGACAUGGGAGCUCAAUUGUGGCAGUCUUUUGAUCAUCCUAGUGACUCACUUCUGCCAAGUAUGUUGCUUGGAUUUGAUAGUAAUACUGGUAACUGGAAUUUGUUGACAUCAUGGAAAGGUGAAAAUGAUCCAUCAACUGGGUUAUUCUCGCUUGGAUUGUCAGCACAGAUGCCAACACAAGUGUUCAUCUGGAAAGAGGGAUCAACUCCCCGCUGGAGAAGUGGUCCGUGGGAUAAAUCAAAGUUUGUUGGUAUACCUGAAAUGAGUACUCAAUAUCUAAGUGGCUUUGAAUUAGAAGAUAAUUUCAGACAGGGAACAAGGAAUUUCUUCUACAGUUUCUAUGAAAAAGGUUAUGCAUAUAUGGACAUAUCUUCUGAUGGAAUCUUCAAGCUUAUGCUUUCGGAAAAUGGCGAAAAUUGGUAUCUUAAUUAUGCUGCGCCAAUGAAUGCGUGUGAAAGUUAUGGAGCCUGUGGAUCUUUUGGGUUCUGCAAAGCUUCUGACCCUCCAGUUUGCCAGUGUUUGAAAGGGUUCGAACCUAAGUCAGACAAAGAAUGGAGCAAAGGAAACUGGACAGGAGGUUGUGUGAGGCAAACCAAAUUGUCUUGUGAGAGACAGACAAAUACAUCAGUCUCAUCAAUGGAGAAGAAAGAUCAGUUUUGGAAGAUGGAGAACUCCAAAAUCCCUGAUUUUCAUGAAUAUUUGUCAUCUUUAUACAAUGAUGAGGAUUGUAGGACACAUUGCUUGACUAAUUGUUCUUGUCUGGCUUAUGCUUAUAUUGUUGACAUAGGGUGUUUAGUUUGGUCCAAAGACCUCACUGAUGUACAGGAGUUCAUCUCUGGCGGUGAAGAUCUUUUUAUUCGGCUAGCGCACACAGAUUCAGGUGAAGAAAAGCGGACAAAGCUAAUUGUCAGCCUCAUAGCUAUUUUUUCCAUUUGUAUUCUGGGUUCCACAGUGUUCGGUUGGCGCAGAUUCUUAGCUAGAAAGAAGGGAAACAUUGAACUAACAGCUAAGUCAUUUGAGUCCAUGGAUGUAAUGGAGACUUCAAGAGACAUUCUUCUAGAAUAUAUAAGAGAGCACGAUCGGUCAGAGCAAUUUAUUUAUGAUUUUGAUAGCAUUUUAAUUGCAACAAACAAUUUCAGCUCCACAAACAAGCUCGGGGAAGGAGGAUUUGGCCCUGUCUAUAAGGGUGAGCUACCGGAAGGGAAGGAAAUAGCAGUAAAAAGACUAUCUCGUAGCUCAGGACAAGGAGUAGAAGAGUUCAAGAAUGAGAUUUUGUUGAUCUCCAAACUUCAACACAAAAAUCUUGUUAAGAUCAUGGGAUGCUGUGUCACAGAGGAUGAAAAGUUACUAAUUUAUGAAUUCGUGGAAAACAAAAGCUUGGAUACCCUUUUGUUUGAUCUGUCGAGAAGCACAGAGCUUGAUUGGGCUAGACGAUUCGUUAUUAUACAGGGUGUUGCUAGAGGACUUCUUUAUCUUCAUCAUGAUUCUCGUUUGAAGGUAAUACAUAGAGAUCUAAAGGUCAGCAAUAUUCUCAUAGAUGAGAAAAUGAAUCCAAAAAUUUCUGAUUUUGGAUUGGCGCGAAUUGUUCGUGGGACACAGAAUCUAGAAAAUACUCAGAAAGUUGUGGGAACACGUGGCUACAUGUCUCCAGAAUAUGCCAUGGGAGGUAUAUUUUCUGAAAAAUCUGAUGUCUAUAGUUUCGGAGUUUUGGUGUUGGAGAUUAUAAGUAGUAGGAAGAAUAACAGUUUUUAUUACAAUGACCAACUACCAAGCCUCCUUGCUUAUGCAUGGCAUCUAUGUAGUCAAGGCAGGGGAUUGGAGUUAGUAGAUGAAGUAUUGGGUGAUUUAUAUUCAUCGUCAGAAGUAAUGAGAUGCUUGCAGAUUGGGCUUCUUUGUGUACAAGACAAUGCUGCGGAUAGGCCAAACAUGCCAGAAGUAGUUCUCAUGCUAAGUAGUAACAAAGACAUUCCACAACCAAUGCGGCCUAUAUUCACUAUCCACAACGCCGUCUCUCCUCCUCAACCACAGUAUGUGAAAACUCUUUUUUCCGGAGAUGAAGCUACCAUAACAGUAAUAGAAGGGCGGUGAUAACUACAAAUUUUUGCAUCAAAAUUAUGUACAUGCAUAAAGCUGCAUUUCAUGUCCAACAUUAUGCAAUGCUUUAAUCAUUUUACAUGAUUGGGAACCAAGGUGUUGAAAUUUUGAUAAUAUCAGUUCAGAUUGCGGUGAAUCAUGAUGCUUCCGUAUUUGUUACUUCUGCUCUUUUUCAGACCAAAGGAAAAUGUACGGCGCCAACUCUUUUUUUUUUGUGUGGUUGAAAACUGUGCACCAAUCUCUUGGACCCUAACUAAUGGAUGUAGAAUAUUAUGUAAA